GUUGACAACAUAGCAGCAAGUGACAGAUUUCAAUUCUACCAUGACUGCAACAAAGAAUGGCAACUACCACCUGAGAGACAACAAUGAAGCCCAAAUCUCUCGUAUUGAGGUUAUUUAAUAAUACUGAGUCCUUAGGUGAGAGGCAAGUGGAGAAAGGAGCCAGGUAUCACCGACAAGUAGACUGUUCGGACCAACAUGAGACCCCCGGCCCCCAGGUAGAGGAUGGGGGGACAAAGAAAGAGAAGUGCACCACUGAGAUCCAUUUAGCCUUUUUACCGGAGAGGUACGAGCCCCUAGUCGAAGAGGAUGAAGGAAGGCAAAGAGCGAAAGAAGAAAAGAAAAACAAGAAGAAAAAAAAAUACAAGAAAGUCAAGAAGAAUGUGGGCAAGGCCCUUCGCUACAGCUGGAAGUGUUUGAUGCUUGGUCUUCACAGUAUGGCAGCAGGCUAUUCCACCCCACUCACUGCCGCUGCUACCCUCGUUCCAGAGUUUCAUGCGGGCAGGGACAGGGGCUGAGAGGACCAAUCACAUUGAUCUGUAAUCCUUCUUAAUGUUCACUGACUCUAUCGCUGUGGCCCCAGGGUCUCAAAUUAAACCAGCACAUUAUGAAAUUAUAGAAUUUCAAUAUCCUGUUGUAGAAUAAUGAUAAAAAUGAUUUGAUUCUCAUUGCAAGAUUGUGCAUGUUUAUAAGAUGUUAUAAACUGUUUAUGUUUUUAUAGUUACUUAAUAGGAACUUUGUAGGAACCACAUUGAUGCAUUUGUUAUUACAUUUAUGUGACAGAAUGUUGACAUGAUUAGGAAAUAUAUCUAUGUCAGACGUUUUAUACUUUUACUAUGACUUUAACAUUGAAAUGUAGGGAAUAUUUUGUACAUUUGUAAACUCUUUAAUUACAGCAUUUCACAGUUACUUACUGCACAAUUAUUCAUUAUUUUCUCAAAUAUACAUUGUGCCUUUUUCAACUCAAAGAAUUUCUGUAACAUGCAACCAUCACCUUGUGUAAAGCCAGUUAAAGAGACAGCAGGAGAGAAAAGGAAAAUUGUGUGACACAAACAGAAUGUGUGUUUGUUCUAUGGCGUCAGAUUGUGAAUCAGGACUGGACAGGAGCUUGUUAACAAAAGGAUUUAGAUAGAGACAGGAAAGAAUUAGCGGGUUGGGGUGGAAAGGGGAACCAAAACAGGAAAGCAAACUGAAUCAAGGCUUGAGGGCCUCUUCCUGCACACUGGGGACAGUCUGUCUUUUGUCCCAGCCAGUCAACAGAAGCAGAGGCAUAGCACAACCCCAGUGGAUUUACAGCAGAAUAAUAUAUUUUCAGAAUAUCUUCUAAAUGCAAUAUGAUAGAAAGAAAAAUUUAUGUUUAUAUGAUAAAGAAAGCUGACAGCGAGAAGUUAACAGUGAGUACAGUAUAUCUUCAUGUGCAAAUAGACAGAUGGAUUGUGACUAAAAUGCCAGUGAUAUGCUACCAAAGAAUACACACUGCAUCUCUCUAUUGCCUCUAUCUGUCUUUGAAAGUCUGUUUCUAUGUGAAUAAAUACAAUUUAAACUUA